AUGGGUGAUUCAUCACACACUGCGCUCUGUCCGGCCCCUGAUCAGGGGCCCCGCUAAUCGCAAAGCUCGCCUAAUCACUUUCUCUUUUACCUUUCUGAAGAAGCAGUAUGGAGUUACGUCACACCAGCGCGCAAAAGUGCCGGCCAAGCAAAUAAGCCGCUGAGGAGCUAUUUGUAGGCAUUGCUGCCAAACCCGGGUAAGGCUACUCACUCUUCUGCGAUCAAUGCUUUAAACUUGCUAUUGCACUAGAAGCAGCAUGCAUUACAUUUCUGAUUUAUUCUGGAAUGAUUCUGUUUGGAGAACUUGACCUGGAUCCGUUGAUGACCGGCGGCCGGUGCGCGCAACAACGCAAUUAGAUCCAAUUCAAAAAAUCACAUUCACAGACAAUCGAACGCGUUACCGUGAAGGACCGGGACAUGAUGACGAUUCUGCAUGUUUUAGCAGCGAGAUUGUUACUUUUUAUCAUCACUUUCGAUUAGAUUUUUUUCUUUCUUUCUGAAAUCACCAUGCCACACACUCGCAACAGGAACCCAAGUCCAAUCCCAGAGGUGACAUGGGACACGGGGUUGAAAGAGAUGAACGAGACCUGGAAAGGGGCUAUUGCAUGCUUGGGAGUUGCUAUCUUUUUUGUCAUGACAAUUGGGAUCAUUUAUUGGCAAGUUGUGGAUCAGCCCAACAAGAACUGGAUCCUUAAGGGGAGCUUUAGUGGGCUCAUUUGGGAGAGAAGGACGCAAACUCUGGUCAUACAGACACUGACUGAGGACAAGACUUUUGCGGAGAUAGACGUGGAGAACGUGGGGAACACUGACAUCGAGGUUCCGUUCGUGAGGAAUAUGUGCUGGCUUAACAAAACCGAGUUCUGCUACACUUGGGAUUCGGUCGCAGAGGUGAAGAUAUCUUUGGAAUCAGAGGAGGACUCGGAUACUGAGUGCUACAGUGUAACCUGGACUCCAAUUCACUGCCAUGUGGAUCUGAAGGACUGUUUUUCCAUGGUGAAUAUUUCGUGGUACGGAGGAGCCAGUGUCCAUGCGCUCAACUGGCCCAUAAACGAUGCCAACAUUUCCAUGCAGCCCUUCACAGUCAGCGACCUUAGGGACAACCCUUCUGGCUUCGGAUCAGUUUUAGAGCGCUACUUCCUGGGAUCCUCAGGUGUGUCAGUUCUCGUGGCCCCAAACAUCCCACUACAUGUAGGAAUGGAAAGCAGACAGCACUACUGUUUGCAGACGCCCCCCAGUAUGAAGCGCAUGCCUCUGGAGUACACCGUGUGUGUCGGACACAACAUUAAGGCCGUCCAUGAGGAGUCAAUGAGCCGGCUCUCCACAGCCAGACGAGAGCUGCCAAACAUGGACGUCUUACGGCUGCCCUUCUGGAAGCUUCUGGCAAACGUGGACUCUGGGGCCAAGCUAGAGAGAGAGCUGAGAACCUUCUCAAACCGGCUGAAGCGGCUUCACCUGGAGGGAGUCAUCGGCCUCGACGAACAUUCCACCGCCCUCCUCGCCAACAUGGACCACAGCUACCUCAAUGGAAAGAAAAGGACGUCUAAGAGACAGACCAGGGACCUCCCUUUUGUAAAGCUUCUAAACAUUUCCAUCACCCUGUCCCCGUACCUGAGUGUGGACUCGCAGCCGUUUCAGACCUCCGUUCAGGCGGGCAUUGAAGACUUCUGGCUGAGCCUGCCCUCAGGACCACAGGGACGACUGGUGCCUAUGUUGACUCAGUGGAAAGGAAAGUACAGUGUGAAGCUCAACAUCACCAACCCAAAAGCCACGAAUUGGUUUCUGGACAAAGUGGACAGCUUACACAGUCAUUUGGGCAUGGAGUAUGUCAUCCUGGAAGGCGGUGAGGGAAACCUUUUCGAGGAGCAGGCCCUGCGCCCCCCUCUUGCAUCGGUCGGGGACGAAUACAUCACACUCCUUGCUGACCUGGCAGAGAAGAUCGGGGACAACACCAUUGUGACCUCGGGAACAAGGUCCAGCCACAAACCGCUGUUCAUCCGCAUGAGUGCACUACAGUCAGACUGGAGUUACUCCGGCCUCAAGGGCAUCAUUCCAUCCCUGCUGCAUCACAGUCUUCUGGGAUAUCAUUUCUUCAUUCCUGAUGCAGUAGGAGGCUCUUUCUCUGCCGAACUGGUUGCAGACGACGAGCUCUUCGUUCGCUGGCUGGGAAUCGCAGCCUUUCUUCCUGUCAUCAGCUUCCAGACACCUCCGUGGGUCUUUGAGAAGGAAUGGGUCCUAAACCUCACCAGAUUCUACAUAGCCAAGCACCACGACUUUGUCGUUCCUUUGAUCCUGAAAUACGCUGAAGAAUGGCAAGAAUCUGGAAACCCCAUCUACAGACCGCUGUGGUGGCUUAGUCCAAAUGACCCAAUCACAUUCACCAUUGAUGAUGAGUUCCUCAUUGGAGAUGAGGUUCUUGUUGCUCCGGUUACAGAGAAAGGAGCUUUACAAAGAGACAUUUACCUGCCAGAGAGUGCCUUUCAGUGGCAGGACACUAACAAUGCUCAAGUGUUUGAUGGAGGGACGUUUCUGGAAAGUUACCCGGUCGGCCUUGGGGACGUGCCAGUGUUUGUACGACGGAGAUCCUGAGGCUUACUUA